AUGGGAAAUUAAUGUGCUUCUCAGUGUUAAUGCCAAUAAUAAUUAAAAGAAUAAGUAGCAACUGAAAUUAUUGUAUGACUCCUUUUAAUUUUAGAUCGCAAAAUCAGAUCCAAAUAGUUUGAAAAGCAAAAGAUCAGGCUCUAAAUAAAGCAUUAAACAAACAUAUGCUAAAAUAUAAUAAAAAGAAACCAAAAAAGAUACUGAAACACAAGAGCUCUAAAAUAAAGUAUCAAAGCAAAAUAAAGCCGCAAUCUAAAUAUAAAAAAUUUGGAGAGGUUAUUUGGUGAGAAAAAAGAAACCAAUGAAAAGCUCUGUCAAAAGAGAUAAUAAAAAAAAUUAUCUAGGAGAACAAGUUGAACCAAUUACCCUCCCAAAAAAUGCUUCAUCUUUUGACUUAGAAACACGUCCUGCUUAUAAAUUUAAAAGUGGGGCAGUAUAUGAAGGUUAAUGGAGAGGGACAUAGAGAGAAGGAAUGGGCACUCAAACUUGGGCUGAUGGAGCCAAAUAUAUCGGAGAAUGGAAAUAAAGUCAUGCAAAUGGCAAAGGGAAGUUUUAUCAUAUAGAUGGAGAUACCUUUGAUGGUUAAUGGGAAAACGAUAAAGCAAAUGGAUAUGGUGUUUAUACACAUGCAAAUGGAUCAAAGUAUGAAGGAGAAUGGAAGAAUGAUUUAUAACAUGGCUAUGGUGUAGAAGCUUGGUUUGAUGGUUCCAAAUAUACUGGCGUGUAUUUUGAAGGUAAAAAAUAAGGGAAAGGAAAAUAUGAAUGGCCAGAUGGUUCAUUUUAUGAUGGAGAUUGGUAUGAUAAUAAAAUAACCGGAUUUGGCACCUAUUUUUGGGCUGAUGGAAGAGGAUACACUGGUUAAUGGGUUAAUAAUUGUAUGCAUGGUAAAGGAGUCUAUACAUGGAAAGACGGUAGAAAAUAUGAAGGUGAAUAUAAAUAAGAUCGUAAGGAUGGUUAUGGCACAUACACAUGGGCUGAUGGAAAGAAGUAUGAAGGACAAUGGUAUGAAGGAAAAUAACAUGGAAAAGGUAAAUAUAUAUUCCCAGAUGGUCUCAUUAAGGAAGGAAUCUGGAAAGAUGGAAAAAAGGUCAAAGCUUUAGAUAACACCAGCGCUCUUUGA